UUGUGACCUGUUAGACCAAGUGUUCAGCCGCACGGAAGCAACAUGGCUCUUCUACAGAGACUUGUCACUCGCAGGGGAGUUUGGAAAUUGCUGAAAACUCAGAAAGCAUGCUUGUCAGCGGUUCCUCAGCCCCUGGUGAAACCUGAUAUAAAGUACGAAAAGCUUUUCAUCAACAAUGAGUGGGUAGACUCCAAAUCUGGAAAGACAUUUCCAACCAUCAACCCAGCGACAGGCGAGCAGAUCUGUGAGGUUGCUGAGGGUGACAAGGCUGAUGUAGAUUUGGCUGUAAAUGCUGCCAGAGAAGCAUUUCGGUUAGGUUCACCAUGGAGAACAAUGGAUGCUUCUCAGAGAGGCCAUCUGCUGAACAAGCUGGCUGACCUGAUCGACAGAGAUCGCCAUUAUAUUGCUUCUCUGGAAACAUUGGACAACGGUAAACCCUACAAUAUUUCCUAUGCUGUUGACUUAGAUCUGGUCAUCAAGUGCUACAGAUACUAUGCUGGAUGGGCAGACAAGAACCAUGGAAAGGUUAUCCCAAUAUGUGGUGACUUCUUUACCUACACAAGACAUGAACCUGUGGGAGUGUGUGGACAGAUCAUCCCAUGGAACUUCCCCCUGCUGAUGCAGGCAUGGAAGCUUGGUCCAGCCCUGUCCAUGGGAAACUGUGUAGUAAUGAAGGUAGCCGAACAGACACCACUUACUGCUCUGUACAUUGCACAGCUCGCCAAGGAGGCUGGAUUUCCUCCAGGUGUAAUCAACAUCAUCCCAGGAUAUGGACCCACUGCUGGAGGCGCCAUUGCUGAGCACAUGGAUGUAGACAAGGUCGCAUUUACUGGCUCAACAGAGGUAGGACAGCUGAUACCUGUCAUGGCAGCCCGUAGUAACCUGAAGCGAGUGACCCUAGAAUUGGGAGGCAAAAGUCCUAACAUUGUCCUAGCUGAUGCUGAUAUGGCGCAAGCAGUGGAGAACUCCCAUUUUGCCCUGUUCUUCAACCAGGGUCAAUGCUGCUGUGCAGGAUCCAGGACAUUUGUGCAGGAAAGUGUGUAUGAUGAAUUUGUUGAGCGUAGUGUUGAGAGGGCAAAGAAGCGCACUGUCGGAAACCCCUUUGAUUCUGCAAAUGAGCAAGGUCCUCAAGUGGACCAGGAACAGAUGGAGAAAAUCUUGUCUCUCAUAUCCAGUGGAAAGCAGGAAGGUGCCAAGCUUGCAACAGGGGGGAACCGUGUAGGUGACAAGGGCUACUUUAUAGAGCCCACUGUGUUCACAGAUGUACAGGACAACAUGAGGAUUGCCAAGGAAGAGAUUUUUGGCCCUGUGAUGCAGAUCAUGAAGUUUAAGACAAUUGAGGAGUUGAUAGAGAGGUCACAUGACACAAUCUAUGGUCUUGCUGCUGCUGUCCACACCCAGAACCUGGAUAAGGCAUUGUACUUGGCCAACAGCCUGAGGGCUGGCUCAGUGUGGGUAAAUUGUUUUGAUGUUUUUGAUGCGGCCCAGCCCUUCGGUGGCUACAAGAUGUCUGGUAAUGGUCGUGAGUUGGGAGAGUAUGGACUUGAAGCCUAUACAGAGACCAAAGCUGUUUGCAUCAAAGUACCUCAGAAGAAUUCAUAAAUUAUGGAGCAAGCACCGGAUCUAUUCCAAAAGUGCAUUUUUGUUUUCAUUUUGCUGAAGUACUGUUUUAUAUUUCUGUUGAAAGCCUUCUUCAAGGACUAGAAUUUAUGACUCAAAUCAAGUUUGGUGCAACACAAAUAGGUAUAUUGAAAGAUGUUUUAUGAUAAAUUUAUAUUUUAUGUGUUUGAUUAUGUGUAAGUUCAAGCUGUUAGAAGUAGUAGGAUACCUUUGCAGGUCACCAUUUAUAUUGGUAGGUGGUGUCAGUCAAACCCACACCAGAUAGUGUACAAGAUAUCAUUUGUCCAAGCAGACAAUGCAAAUAAUUCUGAGGAGAUGAUGUACCUCUUGAAAUGUAACACCUUUACAUUUUUUUUAAUCAUAAUUAUGUUUCAUACACUUUACUUUCAAAGAUUUAAUGUGUUGAAAUAAAAUAUAUGUAUAUAAAAAAAAUUAAAAAAAAAAAAUACGGUUUCUUUACUAUGUUUCUGAAUUAUUUUACACUGUUUGAUUCUACAUUAGAUUUCAAUUUUAAACACCUAAAUGUAGUUGUCAUUCAGGGAAAUUGGAUCGCAUAUUAUUUAGUAACCCAUUAAUUAGAUGAGCUUAAUGAUUUUUUUUUUGAGUUCUUAACCUGAUUAUAGCAUAUCAGAGUAUAUAUGUUUUAAGUUAAGUGGAUAUUGGAGUUUGACAAUUGAAUGAACACAACUACAUAUGAUUAACCAAGAAGGUGUAGAAUGUAUAGCUGUCUUUUACAGCCAUAUCCUGGAGAUAUAUAUACGAUGUAGGCUUUCUGGAACAGCCUUUUUGAUUGUCUGUUUCCCUCCUUUAGUCACAACUGGUUGUAUUCUACAGCUGAUAUGUUGCGGUCUUUCGACAAUAUGUGAACACUUAAUGUUAAAGAGACGGAAAAUUUACUGGAAUGUCAUAGAUUAAAGAUAUAUUGUAUGUCAAUAUUAUUUUCUAUGGACUUUUUGAAUGAAAAUUGAAACAUUCAAA